GCUUGCCAAAGCCACCUCACAGAGUACAUCUCACAGAGCCUGAUGACAGAGGCGCCAUGAAGGUCUUCCUGAUUCUCUCCUGCCUGGGAGCAGUUGUUGCUGUCCCGGGGGAUGCUGACGACGACAAGAUUGUGGGAGGCUACAAUUGCCCAGUAGGUUCAGUGCCCUACCAGGUGUCCCUGAAUGCUGGGUAUCACUUCUGUGGAGGUUCCCUCAUCAACAACCAAUGGGUUGUGUCAGCUGCUCACUGCUACAAGUCCUAUAUACAGGUGAGGCUGGGAGAGUACAACAUAGAUGUGCAGGAAGACAGUGAAGUGGUCAGGAGUUCUGCAGCAAUCAUUCGCCAUCCUAAGUACAGUUCAAGAAGCCUUGAUAACGACAUUAUGCUGAUCAAGCUGGCAUCCUCGGUGGCCUACAGCGACGACAUUCAAGCCAUAGCUCUGCCCAGCGCCUGUGUUGAGGCGGGCACCGAGUGCCUGAUUUCGGGGUGGGGAAACACAGUGAGCAGUGGCUCCAGUUACCCUGAGAUUGUCCAGUGUCUGCAAGCUCCAGUCCUGAGUGACCAAGCGUGUCAAAAAGCUUACCCGGGCCAGAUCUCCAGCAACAUGGUGUGUGUAGGAUUCCUGGAGGGUGGGAAAGACUCAUGCCAGGGUGACUCGGGUGGCCCAGUUGUGUGCGACGGGGCACUCCAGGGGAUCGUGUCAUGGGGAAUUGGGUGUGCUCUGAAAGGCUACCCCGGCGUCUACACCAAGGUCUGCAAUUAUGUCAGCUGGAUCCAAGAAACCAUUGCAGCCUACCGCAAGAUCCUGGGAAGGGGAAAGCUGCAGAGACCCUGGGCUGGCAAAGAUAAGGCUCUCCAGGAGUAUAAAGCGGUGCGCUUGCCAAAGCCACCUCACAGAGUACAUCUCACAGAGCCUGAUGACAGAGGCGCCAUGAAGGUCUUCCUGAUUCUCUCCUGCCUGGGAGCAGUUGUUGCUGUCCCGGGGGAUGCUGACGACGACAAGAUUGUGGGAGGCUACAAUUGCCCAGUAGGUUCAGUGCCCUACCAGGUGUCCCUGAAUGCUGGGUAUCACUUCUGUGGAGGUUCCCUCAUCAACAACCAAUGGGUUGUGUCAGCUGCUCACUGCUACAAGUCCUAUAUACAGGUGAGGCUGGGAGAGUACAACAUAGAUGUGCAGGAAGACAGUGAAGUGGUCAGGAGUUCUGCAGCAAUCAUUCGCCAUCCUAAGUACAGUUCAAGAAGCCUUGAUAACGACAUUAUGCUGAUCAAGCUGGCAUCCUCGGUGGCCUACAGCGACGACAUUCAAGCCAUAGCUCUGCCCAGCGCCUGUGUUGAGGCGGGCACCGAGUGCCUGAUUUCGGGGUGGGGAAACACAGUGAGCAGUGGCUCCAGUUACCCUGAGAUUGUCCAGUGUCUGCAAGCUCCAGUCCUGAGUGACCAAGCGUGUCAAAAAGCUUACCCGGGCCAGAUCUCCAGCAACAUGGUGUGUGUAGGAUUCCUGGAGGGUGGGAAAGACUCAUGCCAGGGUGACUCGGGUGGCCCAGUUGUGUGCGACGGGGCACUCCAGGGGAUCGUGUCAUGGGGAAUUGGGUGUGCUCUGAAAGGCUACCCCGGCGUCUACACCAAGGUCUGCAAUUAUGUCAGCUGGAUCCAAGAAACCAUUGCAGCCUACUGAUGCAUCGAUGACCACCCGCCUCCUUGGCCACUGCCCUCCUGCCCCAUCGUUCUCCUCUCAAGAAGAUAAUAGCACAAAUAAAAACAUACUUAAGAGCCUUA